CCGUCGCCACAGGCCUGGGCGCUUCCGAGAUCCUUUUCUGGACACCAUCAUGAGUGACCAACUGAAAUUCAUCGUGGAGAAGCUCAACAAAGAGCCGUUCAAAAAGAAUUUCAACUUAAUCACUUUUGAUUCCCUGGAGUCAAUGCAGCUCUUACAAUUGCUCAGCGAUGUUCUGGGCGAGAUUGACCCCAAGCACAUCGUUGACAUUAGAGAAGAGUUGCCAGAACACACAGCGAAACGGAUGUUGACCCUGCUUGGCAUUCUUAAAUACAAACCUCCAGGAGGUACCUGUGACUUGAGCGCCUUCCGCCAAGGGUUAGUUACAGGAAGCAAGCCUGUCAUUCACCCGGUCCUGCAUUGGCUCCUUCAGAGGACCUCUGAGCUCAAGAAAAGGGCCUACUUGGCCCGCUUUCUGAUCAGGGUCGAUGUGCCAACUGAGUUCCUCCAGGACGACACGGUGGCUGAUACGAACAGACAGUAUGAAGAACUGAUGGACGCUUUCAAAAGCUUGCAUAAAGAGUGUGAACAGCUCAAGACAUCUGGCUUCUCAACAACAGAAAUAAGAAGGGAUAUCACCGCAAUGGAAGAGGAGAAGGACCAGCUGAUGAAGCGAGUGGAGCGGCUGAGGAAGCGGGUGGAGACGGUGCAAAACCACCAACGGAUGCUUGAGAUGGCCCGGCAGCUCCGGGUGGAGAAAGAGCGGGAGGAAAACCUCACCCAGCAGAAGCAAGAGCAGAAGAACCAGCUUUUUCACGCAGAGCAGCGGCUACACCGAGUCCGACGUCAGCUCAAGGAUAUGCGUCAUGCAGCCGUGGAUUCAAAGCCAGAAAGCUUAAUGAAGAGUCUAGAAGAAGAGACAAAGUUCAACACUUAUUUGGUCUCCGAGAAAUUUCCUAGAGAGCUGGAAACGAAGAAACAGUCCUUGCUGCUCUUGCAGAAAGUGGUGGUUGAGCCAGCCAUGGGCCAGUCCGAUCUCAACGAGCUGGAAUCCAAAAUAAAGGAGGUCAAUGCCCAAAUCAAUCAAUUAAUUGAGAAGAGGAUGAUGAAGUACGAACCGAUUGACAGUAAAUUUUCGAUGUACCGGCAACAGGCCUCUAUCAUUUCGCGGAAGAAAACAGCCAAGGCGGAGGAACUUCAGACCGCCAAGGAAGAACUUGCCAGCCUGGAGAGGCAAAUGUUCCAGAAGUCAAGCCAGGCUCGGGAGCUGGACGGGACAGAAGUCUUGAAAGGCGACGAGUUUAAGCGGUACGUCAACAAGCUCCGAAGCAAGAACACCCUUUACAAGAAGAAGCGCCUGGAAAUAGCGGAGAUCUCGGCUGAGUACGGCAUCCUGCAGAGGACGGAAGAGCUGCUGAAAGAGCGGCACCAAGACAUUCAGCAGCAGUUGCAAGCCAUCGAAGACAAGAAAGGAAUCUCCGGGUACAGCUACACCCAGGAGGAGCUGGAGAGGGUGUCGGCCGUCAAGAGCGAAAUGGAUGAAAUGAAGGGCCGGACUCUGGACAACAUGUCCGAUAUGGUGAAAAAACUGAACACUAUGGUAGCCGAUAAAAAGUCGAGCUUGGCCCCAAUCAUCAAAGACCUCAGGCAGCUGCGACAGAGGUGCCAGGAGUUAACCCAGGAAUGUGAAGAGAAGAAAUCCCAGUACGACAGCUGUGCCGCUGGUUUGGAGAGCAAGCGCUCAUCCCUGGAGCAGGAGGUGAAAAGCCUUCGGGAGGAGUGUUUACGGGAAGAGAGCAACUAUCACCAGGUCAACUGCAUGAAAAUGAUUCUCGAAACCCAGCUGCAGCGCGUCAAAGACGAGGUGAAAAUGUAUGUUUCUUCAGAUCAACAGGAAAGAAAGAAGGCUGUCAGGGAUCAGUAUUCCAAGAUGAUCACAGAACAGGACAACCUUGGAAAGAAACUACGAGAGAAGCAGAAAGCUGUCCGGGAAAGUCACGGCCCCAACCUGAAACAAGUCAAAAUGUGGCGAGAUCUCCAGCUUCUGAUGGAGUGCAAAAAAGAAUGUUUUCUCAAGCAACAGAACCCGGCCUCGGUGGGCCAAGUCAUCCAGGAAGGCGGAGAAGACCGCCUGGUCUUGUGAAAGAUACCCUGCCUGGUAUCUACGUCAUCCCAAAGAGCCACGCUUCCUCCAGCGAGUCUGUUGCAAAUGUUGGCUGGGGUUUACGAGUGUUUCGAUGCAGAUGAGAUGUCUAAUUUGCCAUGCUUCGGGAGUUUAGCUAAAAAGUUCUUGACUCAACUAGAACAUGGUUCGGGGUGGGGGCUUCAUUUGUUCCUUCUUAGAAG